UGCCUUUAUGGGUGUAAUUAUAUCAAUAUGCUGCUCCUCCUAAUCACAGUACUGCAUGACUCAUGGUAACUGCAUAUUUUACAUAUUUAGUUACAUUUUAAAUAGGCUGUAACUACGUCAUAGUGUGGUGGGGACAUUUGAAGUGACUAAAAAUCAGGAUUUGAAAUCAGUAGUGUGCUUCACAUGCAGAAACACAAUGAGAUCACAAAGGCCUCUCUGGCAUCAGGCAUACUGGUUAAUUAUGCCACCUUUUAGUCUGGGUUUUGUCUCCAUAAAGGUCUCUGACUCUAUCUAUCUCUCCAAUCUGCUCUUCUCUCGGGGAGGGCCUGCAUGCGCAGUAUGAAUAUCUCCCCAGCAAGGCUCCAAACCCCUUUAUAAACCCUGCUCAGGUCACCUAGAAAGUCACAACUCUUCUAAACAGAGAGAGAGGGAGUAAGAGGAAGAAAGAAUCUCUCAUCAGUUCAACCACAUCUCUCUGGCCUUGUUUUCCCGGGGCACUAUGUGGAAAGCUGCAGUAUUGGCUGUGUGUCUGCUGGUGGCCGGGGUUCAGACCAUGGACGGCUCAACAUACGGGGUGAAGCUGUGUGGCCGUGAGUUCAUCCGGGCGGUCAUCUUCACUUGUGGCGGCUCGCGUUGGAAACGGUCACUCCCAAGUGCAGGAGAGCUUUCAGAGGACCCAUUCAGCCCCCGAGAGGAGGAGCCGUCAAAGGGCUGGAGUCAGGACUCCAGGGUGGAGGCUCUCUUCCAAAGGACCAGCGACCUGGGCCUCCGCAGCCCAUACAGAGAUGGCCAGGAGGGGGUGUUCAGCCGGCCUACCCGCUCCAUUAUCACGGAGGAAAUCCUGGAAGCUCUACGUAAGGCCGACCGCAAGGGCCGUGACGUGGUGGUGGGUCUGUCUAACGCCUGCUGCAAGUGGGGCUGCAGCAAGAGCGAGAUCAGCUCCCUGUGCUGAGAAACCACCUCCUCCUUCC